AUGCACUUCAAGACUCUCGCCGCCGUGGCCGUGAGCCUGGCCUCCGUCUCUCCCGCCGUCGCAGACACAACGACAACCAUCGACGCCAAGUCGAACCGUGGCACCUGGGAGGGAUGGGGAACUUCUCUCGCCUGGUGGGCAAAGCGCUUCGGCACCCGCGAUGACCUCGCCGACAUCUUCUUCACCACCAAGACCACCACCUUCGGCGGCGCAAGCCUCCCCGGUCUCGGCUUCAAUAUCAGCAUGGUGGUCUCGACCAAGAUGAUGGCGUCCCGGCAGAUCGACGGACACUGGGUCGACUACACCAACACCGACCCAGCCUCGUCUGCCUGGAAGUGGGACGUUGACGUGAACCAGCGCACCAUGAUGCAAAAGGCAAAGAGCCGCGGCGCGAACCGCUUCGAGCUCUUCUCCAACUCGCCCAUGUGGUGGGCGACCAAGAACCACAACCCCUCGGGUUCCGCCGACGGCAGCGAGAACAUCCAGUCGUGGAACCUCCAGCAGCACGCUGUCUACAUGGCCAACAUUGCCAAGUACGCAAAGGACAACUGGGGCAUCACCUUCGAGACCGAAGGCUGCCACAUUGACGUCGCCACGCAGGCGACAAUCAUCAACUACCUCCGCACCGAGCUCAACAACCGCGGCCUCACGAGCAUGUCCAUCGCCGCCUCGGACGAGUCCUACUACGACCAGGCCGUCACCACGCUCCAGAACCUCGGCGACGCCGCCCUCAAGAACGUCGCAAGGAUCAACGUCCACGGGUACCAGUACGCCAGCGGCGCCCGCGACAAGGUCUACUCCCUCGCCUCGGCGCGCGGCCUCCGUCUCUGGAACAGCGAGUACGGCGAGAGCGACGCGACGGGCGAGAGGCUCGUGAGCAACAUGAUUCUCGACUUCCGGUGGCUGCGACCCACGGGUUGGGUGUACUGGCAGGUUCUUGACGGCGGCGGCUGGGGUGUUAUCGACGCGGACAAUGAGGCUGGUACGCUGGGCUCGGCGAACCAGAAGUACUUUGUCUUUGCGCAGUUUGCGCGCCACAUCCGCGAAGGCAUGCGUAUCCUGGAUGGUGGUUCGGAUAAUGUCGUCGCUGCAUACGAUGCGGCCAACUCGAAGCUUAUUAUUGUCGCUGUCAACUGGGGCGCGGCGCAGUACCUCAACUUUGACUUGAGCGGAUUCUCGCAGGCGUCGACGAACGGUGCUACUGUCACGCGGUGGAGGACGCAGAUUGGAAGUGGUGAUCGCUAUGUGCAGGCGACUGAUACUACUAUCAGCGGGACUAAGUUCUGGAGUUACUUCGAGACCAAGAUGGUGCAGACGUUUGAGAUUCCGAAUGUCAAGUUGUAA